AUGGGCGGCACCUGCGUGCGGCUGUGCGCGCACCUGCGGCGCUGGCUGCCCUGCGCGGGCCGCGAGCCCGAGAAGCCGCUGGUGAUCGGGAACCCGGGGGCCCGCGCCCGCCCCGACGCCGCCCCGACGCGGGGUCCGCAGCCCGGCGGCGGCCGCUACUUCGUGGCGCUGUUCGAUUACCGGGCCCGCACGGCGGAGGACCUGAGCUUCCGCGCCGGCGAGCGGCUGCAGGUGCUGGACGCGUCCCUGGAGGGCUGGUGGCUGGCCCGGCGGCUGGACGGGCGCGGCGCGGGGCGGCCGCAGGGCUACGUGCCCUCCAACUACCUGGCGGAGGACCGGAGCCUGCAGGCGGAGCCGUGGUUCUUUGGCGCGAUCAAGAGAACAGAAGCGGAGAAACAGCUCUUAUAUUCAGGAAAUCAGACUGGAGCCUUUCUAAUCAGAGAGAGUGAAAGCCAGAAAGGAGAUUUCGCCCUUUCAGUUUUAGACGAAAGGGUUGUGAAGCACUACAGAAUCAGAAGACUGGACGAAGGGGAGUUUUUCCUUAGCCAGAAAAGAACGUUUCCAACGCUGAAUGAGUUUGUGAGCCACUACACCAAGACAAGCGACGGCCUGUGUGUCCAGCUGGGGAAACCAUGUUUAAAGAUACAAGUGCCAGUGACUUUUGAUUUGUCGUAUAAAACCGCGGACCAGUGGGAGAUAGACCGCAGCUCCGUGCAGCUCCUGAAGCGGUUGGGAUCUGGCCAGUUUGGUGAAGUGUGGGAAGGCCUGUGGAACAACACCACUUCAGUAGCAGUAAAAACAUUAAAACCAGGUUCAAUGGAUCCAAAUGACUUCCUGAGGGAGGCACAGAUAAUGAAGAACCUAAGACAUCCAAAGCUUAUCCAGCUUUAUGCUGUUUGCACUUUAGAAGAUCCAAUUUAUAUUAUUACGGAGUUGAUGAGACAUGGAAGUCUGCAAGAAUAUCUCCAAAAUGACGCCGGAGCAAAGAUCCACCUGAACCAGCAGGUAGACAUGGCCACACAGGUUGCCUGCGGGAUGGCUUAUCUGGAGUCCCAGAACUACAUUCACAGGGACCUGGCUGCCAGGAAUGUCCUGGUUGGGGAGCACAAUAUCUACAAAGUGGCAGAUUUUGGACUGGCAAGAGUUUUUAAGGUAGAUAAUGAAGACAUCUAUGAAUCCAAACACGAUAUAAAGCUGCCAGUGAAGUGGACUGCGCCUGAAGCCAUUCGUACUAAUAAAUUCAGCAUUAAGUCCGAUGUGUGGUCAUUCGGAAUCCUUCUUUAUGAAAUCAUUACUUAUGGCAAAGUGCCUUACAGUGGCCUGACAGGUGCUCAGGUAAUCCAGAUGUUGGGUCAAAACUAUAGACUCCCUCAACCUCCUAACUGUCCGUCCCAGUUCUACAACAUCAUGUGGGAGUGCUGGGAUGCAGAGCCGAAGAACCGGCCCACGUUUGAGAUCCUGCUUUGGAAAUUUGAAGACUAUUUUGAAGCAGACGUUUCAUUUUUGGAUUACAAAUAA